UUCUCGGAGCACAAAGUGAAAACGCAUCUCGGUGUGAUGCUCCGUCCUCUCACGCUACGAUGCCCGCACGGACCCGCAAGGACGCACUUUAAUCUCCUCUGACGCGUUCAGGGACCUUCACUCUCUGUUCUCCUGCCAUCAGUCACAUUUCUAAUUUGGACCGAAACCUCUUUUGUCCGCGGGAUACCGAUGGCCACCACCGCCACCGUCCCCAGCAUCAUCAUCAGCAGCAGCAGCACCGGAGGGCCGUCGGGCCAGUCAGGACGGCCGGGAUUCAACCAGCACACCUAGCAGGUCGCUCCACUCUCGAGGACGCCCGAUCAGACCCAGUUGCCUUAACUGACCUUUGACAUUUCUCCGAUAACCCAACUGAGGUCACGCCUUCAGUGCAGGACAGCAGGACUCGUCUUCAAGUGUUCGUCUUCAGCCAUCCUCGUCAUGAUGGACCUGACAGAACCUGAAACCUGAAAGAUGACAGAGAGCAGGAGGAGGAGGGAGCUGUGAGACACCGAGCGGGAAGAAGAUCAGGACAAAAAGGAUGUGAAAUCGACACAGAACACAGUUUGUACAUCAAACCAAAACCUGUAAUCGAGUCAGCGUUUCACUCCAGCAUCAACAACCAAAAACUUUCAGCUUCCUGCGAACCAACGAUGUAGAAGAAGAGCGCAGAGACGAUUGUUGACAGACGACCACGAUUGUCUCCUGCUGACGAACUCUGAUUGGAACCCUUUCAGAUGUUUCUAUAUGUUUGGAAAUUAACAUAAAAAACACAGACAGCAAAUAAGAUUGUGUCACAGAUUAAAGGGCAAAGACUCUUUUUACUUCUUCAACAACCAAAUUCACAACUGAGCCACAAAAGAUUGUACAUCUAAACCAAACUGUGUGGAGAAAACACAUCUGUGAGGACUACAGUUUGUACAGAAACACACUUGUUGGAACCAAACCGGAGAGAAUCACCAUGAUGACACAUCUGCACGCCGGGCUGAGCUCAGAGACGACGGAGAAGGCCCGUCUAGAGCUGAACGAGAACCCGGACACUCUGCAUCAGGACAUCCAGCAGGUGCGGGACAUGAUCGUGACGCGGCCCGACAUCGGUUUCCUGCGGACGGACGACGACUUCAUCCUGCGUUUCCUGAGAGCCAGGAAGUUUGACCAGGUGGAGACCUUCAGACUGCUGGCCCAAUACUUCCAGUUCAGACAGCAGAACCUCGACAUGUUCCAGAGCUUCAAGGUGGACGACCCGGGCAUCAAGCGGGCGCUGAUGGAUGGUUUCCCGGGCGUACUGGAGACUCCGGACCAGCAUGGCCGAAAGAUCCUCAUCCUGUUCGCCUCCAACUGGGACCAGAGCAGGAACUCGUUCACCGACAUCCUGCGGGCCAUCCUGCUGUCCCUGGAGGUUCUGAUAGAGAACCCGGAGCUGCAGAUCAACGGGUUCAUCCUCAUCAUCGACUGGAGCAACUUCUCCUUCAAACAGGCCUCCAAGCUCACGCCCAACAUCCUGAAGCUGGCCAUCGAAGGCCUCCAGGACAGUUUUCCCGCUCGGUUCGGAGGAAUCCACUUUGUGAAUCAGCCGUGGUACAUUCACGCCAUGUACACCAUCAUCAAACCCUUCCUCAAAGACAAGACCAGGAAACGGAUCUUCCUCCACGGUAACAACCUGAACUCGCUCCACCAGCUCAUCCAGCCCGAGUGUUUGCCGUCAGAGUUCGGUGGGACGCUGCCGCCGUACGAUAUGGGCAUCUGGGCCCGAACGCUGCUGGGCCCCGACUACAACGACGAGACGGAGUACACGCUGACCUACGACGCCCUGCACGUCCGGGAGAACUGUGGAGGAGGAGGAGGAGACAAGGACAUGAUGAAGAGGUCUCAGUCGGCGGUGGAACCAGGAACUCUCCGACAAACAGACAGAGACACCAGCACACCACUACUGGCCCUGGACUGAACACACACACACACUCACACACACACACACACACACACACACACACCCAUAGACAGUAACACACUCACUGUAGAGCCAUCACACACAACAACACACACGCUGAUGUAUUUACACACACAUGUACAGACUUAGAGACACAAAUAAAUCACAGCAUCCACUCUGACACGCACACUCACACACACACAUACACACACACAUUCACGCACACACACACACACCAGCAGCUGUGUUAAGCUGGUGGGUUUGAACUUGCGUCCUCUUGUCGACCUGAACUUUGACAGCAACUGAACUUCCUGAAUCACACACACACACACACACACACACACACACACACACACACACACACACGCACACACACACUCAGUCUGUCCUGUCUCUGAGCCUCCCUCCGGCCGGCAGCGUCCGUCCUGCUGUCCACGUCAACACGCUCUGACGUGCGUUUGUGUUUCUGCUGCACGACCGCGUGCUUCACGUUCUCGUUGAUUCUGUGGAGCGGGAAUGUAACACCGUUCUGUUUCUGUGGGUCAGAGCGUGAUGUGGUCAAACUUUAUUUAAACCUCAGAGAGCGACAGAUUAACGCCGGGUCACAUCUCUGAAGACGAUGGUACAACAAUCAGAAGUAAGAAACAUGCGGAGCGGAGCGGCUGCACCAACAAGGAUCAUCUCAACAGCUCUGACAGUAAAUCAUGUUUAUACACCUUCAGUUUAAAAUGAUGGAACCAGAUUUAAAGAUCUGACGCUUUAGACAAAAACACAACAUGACCGUCACUUACGUUCUGACAGCAUCACAAACCAGAGAGAGGGAGGAAGUGUUUGUCAUGACAGUAGAAACAUGUUUGAUGGUUUAAAGGAGGUCAGUGUUGUUCUGCUGCACCCGCGUGGCUGGAAAUCUGUGAGCGCAGCUUUAAAAAACAGUUUCACAUGAAUCUUGUCUAAUCCAGGUUUAAAUUAAAGGUCCAGCUGAUGAGGUGUGAUUGAAUUAAAAGGUGAAGAUGAUCCUUGUUGGUGAAACUCAGCCGGGAAUGUUUGAAAGAACUUUUUUAAAGCUGUGAAUCUAAAAACCGAAGUCCAGACUUUCAGGUAGCCGACGCGGCGGCUCGUCAGGACUCUGAGGUCUUUAUCUCGUCGCUGCAGUAUUUAAAUUACUGAAUCGAAACACUCAGUUGAAUAUUUUUCUUUAAUUCACCUGAAUGUCCCGAAAUUCAGGAGGAAGAAACUUCACUCUGGUAGAAGAAUGUCGCCAAAAAAGAAUUAAAAGUCACUCCAAGUUAGACCAACUCUGCACAAGCAUUUCAAAAUAAAAGCACCAGGCAAACUGAUGUUGCAGCGAUCACGUGCAUGAAGACGUUUACCAGCUGUUCUACCAGAGUGACGCUCGGUGCUGUGGAGAGACCGCAGGAUGCCAAAUGAUCACCUUUAACCUCGACAGUGAAGGCAAAGAUUGUUUUUAUUGAAUUUAACUUAUUUGAAGAUUGUAUAUUAUUGUUACAAGUAUUAUUACACUGCAAAAAACUGUAACACUUGGCCAGUUUUAUCCUGAGAUAUUUAAAGUGAAUUUAUCUUCAGUCUCUGCAGCGAACACGACUCGAGGAACAUCACGCCUGCAGGCUGACGACUCUCACUUCACUUAUCUCCAUGUAACGUGGAGUGUUUGUAAUAUAUAGCAGCCAAGUCUGACAUGAUCUUUUGCAGUGUGUGCGACUCAUCAUCAGGGCUACACUGAGCAGCGAUCCAGCUCCACGCCACUGUAAUGUAUUUCCUUUCAAUGAAUGUAUAGAAGUAAACAUUUACACCAACGCCAGCGUCUCCUUUCACUCUUCGGCUGGGAUUUUAUUUUGAAGGGACACAUUAAAGGAACAGUUGAAAUGAUAAUUAAAUGUUUAAAUAUUUAUAAAAGGCUGUUGCUAUUGGAUAUUGGACAGUUCUGGUUCUGAUGUUGGACCACCUGAUGUUGGCAACACAGUUGUUUUCAAAACCUUCAUGCUUUCUCACACUUAUUAGUGAAAAUUGUGGCAAACAAAGUUUCAUAUAACUCAGCUGUUUUAUUGAUAAUGUGUCAUUGAUCUUGUUGAAAUGUCUUCCUGUUCUGACUGAAUGAGCCUCUUUUCAUUAUAUUUAAUUUAUUUUGGUGCUUCAUGAGAUGAAAGCUACUGAAAUAAAAUAAAGAUUUUUUUCGUUUCAAAAAUUAUUAUUAUAAAAGAAUAGAAGAGGCACUAAAUCGACUAUUAGAGAGUCUCAGUCAGCUGGUACAGCACAACGUCAGCUUUUUGACUCAGUGGGUUCAUAAAAAAUAAAACAAGAAGCAAAAACAAAAAUCCAAACAAAAAAAACGUGCGUCUCAUUCAAACAGUAUAGGAAGUCAUCUUAAAGAGGAGACAAGAGGAGAGGAAAGGAGACAAGGAGAGGAA